CGGUAGACUGGCGAGGAUGGGGCUUUAUUGGAGGGUGAAUGUUUUUCAGCAACAGCAGGUCUAUUCAUUCUGUGCUCUUGUUCAGACGAGCUCACAUGUGACCCCAAGAGCUUUCUUUUAUGUAGUCUUUAUGUUCUGCAAGAGGGGACUAAGCUGCUGACCUGCAGAAUCUCAUCAAGGACUUUAUUUACAAGAAAGAUUGUAAAUCAGUUUCAUGUUCUUUAUUUCAGGCUUUCUGUAAGACACUAAAAAAUAUCAGUUAUAGCAGUACUAUGAACUGAAUUUAGAACUACCGUGGAAAGUCAGAAAAAUGACAGCAAUGUAAUCGAAGUCUGUUUCAGGGAGAAAAUACAGUGAUGAUAGUUCAACCUGUCACAGACUUAUGGGGAAAAGACAAACACCACCACGCACAAUACACACCACUGGAUAAUGACACAUACAGAGGCGCCCCUGAAAAUAGAUGUGCACUGGGCAGAAACUUAAGCAGAGAGAGAGAGAGAGAGAGAGAGAGAGAAACAGAGAGCUGUUCAGUGAGGGGUCCUGGGAGUGGGGUUCAGAGCAGGCAGCGUCCAGUCUGGCAGGAAGAGUUGUGUGUUCUCGGAGACGUGCCUGGAGUGGCCAAACCAUGCUGAGUGUGGGGGAGAGAACCCCAACGCUGCUCCCAAGAUGAAGGUGGAGAGGCAGGCUUCCUCCAAAGAGGCAGGAGUUUUUUCACUUUUCCAGAAACUGUGCAUCCUCAACUUUUUCCUGGCAGUCGUCAAUGGAGUGAACAUCACCUGCCCAUCCUCUAUCAUAAGAGGCACCCUAGGUGGCUCAGCCAUGCUCUCCGUCAGCUACACCAGCACCAGCUCAGACAGGCCCGUCAUCAAGUGGCAGCUGAAGAGGGACAAACCCAUCACUGUGGUGCAGUCUAUCGGCACUGACAUCAUUGGGAACUUGCGGAGUGAGUACCGUGGCCGCAUCAUGCUCUUCGACAACGGAUCACUGCUGCUCAACUACCUGCAGUUGUCAGAUGAGGGCGCCUACGAAGUGGAGAUCUCCAUCACUGAUGACACCUUUACCGGAGAGAAACACAUGAACCUCACUGUAGACGUUCCUUUGUCCAGGCCAUUCGUGCACAUGGUGGCUUCCUCUGUGCUGGAGCUUACUGAGCACUUUACAUUGAACUGCACUCAUGAAAGGGGCACAAAGCCUAUUUAUGGCUGGCUGAAGGGUGGGAAACCCCUGAUCAAUGACUCACGUCUGCUACUGUCACAUGACCAGAAAGUUCUGACUAUCUCCAGGGUGGUGAUGUCAGACGAUGAUAUCUACACCUGCACUGUGGAGAACCCCAUCAGCAACAUGAAGAGCAUGCCUGUCAGACUCACAGUCUACAGACGGAGUUCUCUCUAUAUCAUCCUUUCAACUGGUGGAAUUUUCUUGCUCAUAACCCUGGUGACGGUGUGUGCCUGCUGGAAGCCCUCCAAAAAAAAAAGGCAACAGUCUGUCAUGCAGAACAGGCAAAAUGUGGAGCAGAGCAAUGGCAAUCAUGAAGUUGCAGUUGAUAUUGUGCCAGGAAGGAGCUACCAUACUCGUAAAGGCCCAGGUGGCUUAUAUGUUCUGAAGGAAACAGACUUUUCAGAAGAACAAGACGAGGAGCCAUGUAACUACAUCCACCCUUUGGAUCCACAAAGUCCACCUUGCUAUCCCAGCACAUUCUCCUCUCCAGAUGCAUAUACCUACUCAGGAAGAAGAUACCCUCGCACCCCUGUUCCCUCUCCUCCCACAACCCCGACUGCCACCAUGGCCACCACAUCUUCACAACAUAUGCGAAGCUUAACGCGAAAGCCCCACCCUUCGGCUGCAAGCCCCACCCCCUCAAACACGGAGGAGCAGUCGACUGUACACGAGACUAGCAUUCACAGCCGCAUUUAACCACCGAAUCAAAGCACAUAGUUAGAGAUAGAAAGAGAGAGAGAGAGAGAGAGAGAGAGAGAGAGAGAGAGAGAGAGAGAGAUGAUAUGUCUGAAUGUGCAUGUUAAUGGGUAGCGGGCUUGGAAAACACACUGUGGCAUUUCUGAAAACUACAGACUUUUCUGGGCUGAAAUACUGUACAUUUCCCGUUGGUAUGUGUCUCUACCAAAAGUGGAGUUUUAACCUUUUAAAUAUGGCUACUCCUCAAAAGUGAAAACAAAGAAAAUCACAUUUAAUUAUUCUAAUCUGACUCCAAGCAGACAUUUUCUCAAUCAGUAUCUGAAUUUAUUAGGCUUAUACUUAAGUCACUAUAGUAUGUAACUAUCCAACAAUUUGAUAAAAGUGGGACAGUCACUACGGACCAUAUUCAGAGUUGAGUUUUGCACACAUGCUGUAGUAAGGAUUUGUUUAAUAAUGCCUUUGGAUAACGGAUUUCAGUAAUGCAGACUUAAACCCAUUUUUCUUGCAUGACAUGGAGUAAUACAAAGAGGAGUAAAUCCAGCACCACUGUCUGACCAUUUGUUAUAAUUACAGUCAUGUUGUGUUGGAAUGUACACUACCGGUCAAAAGUUUGGAGAUACUUGACUGAAAUGUUUCUCAUGAUCUUAAAAACCAUUUGAUCUGAAGGUGUAUGAUUAAAUGUAUGAAAUCGGUGUACAAAAAUAUAAUCAUGCCGACAUAUUCAUUUCUUUCGUUAGAAAACUAACAUUUUAUUUACAAAAAAAGAAUUAUCUUUAAAUGGAUGACUUGGAGUGAAAUAUUCUGAAAAGCAGCCAAUAAGAGUCCAGCGUAGGUGGGAACUCCUUUAAUACUGUUUAAAAAGCAUCUCAGGGUGAUUGGUAGAAAUCGGUUGAGAAAAUGCCAAGAAUACAUUUCUGUAAAUUGUAGGCGAAAAGGGGGUCUACUCUGAAGAUGCUAAGAUCAAUUAUUUUGAUUUAUUUUGGAUUUUUUAUCACAACAUAAUUCCCAUAGUUCCAUUUGUGUUACUCCAGAGUUUUGAUGACUUUAUUAUUAUUAUAAAAUGUGGGGGGAAAAUAAUAAAAAUAAAGAAUGAGCGUUUAUAAACUUUUGACCAGUAGCGUAUGUCUUGCACUGUAAAUACACUCAAAAAACUAUGGAAUGCCAUUUGAGACCAAUAUUAAAUGCAUAAAUAUGACACUAUUAAUUAAUUAAUGAUGUUAUCCCAUUAAAAUCUUUUAAAACUUUUUUUAUAUGGAGGAGAAUGGAGUACACAGCAUCUUUAAUUAAAAAAAAACCCUACCCUCUCUUAGAAACGUCUACUACUUGAUAAAUCUGGCAACCUUGGAGAUGUGAACUACUCUAUAUGGACACAUGGCCCUCAGACCCAUAUGUGCUUUUUGAAGAUCUUGUUCCAGAUUUAGUCCCCACCUUGCUGUUAUAAUAACCUCCACAGUUCAGGGAAGGCCUUCCACAAGAUUUUGAAGGGUUGAGGAAAGGUUUCUAUGCUGGUCACUCAAGUUCUUCCACUCCAAUCUUGACAAACCAUAUGUUCAUGGAGCUUGCUUUGCCCAGGCACCUUUGUUAUGCUGAAAGGUUUGGGCUCCUUUCCAGUGAAGGGAAAUUGUAAUGCUACAGAAUACAGAUAUUCUGUACAAUUGUGUGCUUCCAACUUUGUGGCAACAGUUUGGAGAAGAUACACAUAUUGGUGUGAUGGUCAGGUGCCCACAUACGUUUGGCCAUAUAGUGUAUAAGCAGAUGAUUUGUAUAACCUGAAUGCCACACCCAGAAAAAGCAGCUGUGUAAACUGUCUCAGAAAAAUGUACAACGUCUCCCUUAUAAAUAUCUACUCGCCAAAUUUUGAAUACAGCCCUGUGUGAGGAUAUCAUACUUAGCUGAUAAGUUUAGGCAGACUGACUGUUUUUAUAGCUGUGUUUAUAAAAUUAGCUCCUUGCCAAUGUGAUGAAAAAUUUUUUAAUGAUGACACAAAACGCAAUUUUGCAAGAAUUCAGCCACAGGUUUUCCCAGGCCGCCACACAUACUGUAUAUCACUGGGAAUAUAAGGAAAUAAAUGUCUCACUGAAAUCAAAAAUAUCCUAUUACAUAUGGAAGUACCAGAUAAAAGUGGGGGUUAUGUUGUGAAUUGGCUUCUGGUUCAUUUAUUGCUAUGUUUCUAAUUGUUUAAGAGCAUGUUAAUUGGAGCACAUUCACUUUUCAAUUCUUAAAGCAAUAUCAGACACCUAACAUAGCAAUAAACAUUGAAUAGUGGAAUGGACAGUCGUUAAAUAAAUAAAACAUGAGAUGUUUGUGAUAUUUUAUUAAGUGUCUGCUCAAUACAAAUGAUGACCAUCCCUUUACGAGCCACAAAACUCAGCUCAGCUAUUUCUUUACCACACUUUGAAACCAACUUCUAACUAAAACCCAGCCUUAUAUAAUGGCUACAAACUUGGUAAAGGAAAGUAAUAUUGUCUGGUGAGUCAUCUUGUUUCUGGACGGCUUUCACUUUUUACAGUGUGGUUAUUUAAUCACUAGAAAUCACAAAUGGCAGCCCAAUUCUCACUUAUCAUCAUAUUGUCUGCCACCUGAAAUCCAAUAUUGGCAUCGGGCCUCAUUUAUCAUCACAGCACAGUUGUAUAAAUGUUUUCAUAGGACAAACAAAAAAUUCCUGCCAGAUUUACAGAAAACGUACAUAUGUUGAAAAAUGCCAAUCACGCAUAAACUACCAAGAAUGUUCACGGCAGUUGAUUUACAUUUGUCAUGACCACAAUGCUCCAGAAAAGCUUUUAAAGAGCUGAAAAUGACAAAAUGACGAUUAAGUGGCGAAUGAGUACCUCUUAAACACAGCAUUUGUUAAAUCUCCAGUAAUGCAGCUCGGCCACUGCAGCUACCACAGAUAUAUUAAUUCUUCCAACUUUAAUAGGGUGACAGUACUUUUGUCCUAAUUGAAAGGU